AGUACGUUGAAUUUGUGUCAUCUGGGUAUUGAGGACAUUAGACUCAAGUUUAUAUCACGAAAAUGGCGAGAACUUUAGUGUUAACGCUAACAGUUUUAGUUUUGGUUGCUUUGGAAACCACUCCAUGCAGCAGUACACCCUCCUCCACGUUUAGCCAGACGAUCAAGAUGUUUUGGAAGUUUUUGUGGGGAGAAAUCGAGGCACCACCCGCGCCUGCUACUGAGGGAGAUAAGCGAAACGCAAACGGCGCUGAAAAAGUAGAAAAACAGGAUAAGGAUCCGGGCUUAAUUGAUAUUUUGUCACUUGAAGACUUAAGUGAUGCUGAUAUUACCACAGACGAUCAGUUAGCAGACGAUGAUGUGUUUUACAUGCCUAAUUAUCGACGAAAGGAGGACGUGAACAAGGUUGCCGUAUCUCACCUUCAGACUUUGUCCUGGUCCAGAGAUGAUUACAACAUGUCUUCAUCUAGAACGCAUAAGACUCUACACUGGUUCAGAAAGGGGUUACGUUUACAUGACAAUCCGGCACUAUUAGCAGCUUGCACCAAAGACUGUGCUGAAUUUCGUCCAAUCUUUAUCUUGGACCCUUGGUUUGUGAAAAAUGCCAGAGUUGGAGUGAAUAGGUGGAGGUUUCUGCUGCAGGCUUUGAAGGACUUGGAUGACAGUCUGAAGAAAUUGAAUUCUAGGUUGUUUGUCUUAAAGGGAAAGCCCCAUGAAGUGUUUCCAAAGAUAUUUAAAGAGUGGGGUAUAACUAGAUUGACCUUUGAGGUUGACACAGAGCCAUAUGCCAGAGUGAGAGAUGCAGAGAUUAUAAAGCUGGCUAAGGAACACAAUGUUGAAGUUAUACAGAAGAUCUCUCAUACCCUUUAUGAUACUGAAAAAGUGAUUGCUAGAAAUGGAGGCAGUGCACCACUGACAUAUCAGAGGUUUCAGACUGUCCUGUCUCAGCUUGGAGCGCCACCUAGAACCGCAGAAACACUCACCUCCGAGCAUUUAAAGGGGUGUAUUACACCAGUCACGGCAGACCAUGACCAGGAGUAUGGUGUUCCAACUUUGAAGGACCUGAAAGUGGAUACUGCUGACAUGGGGGAGGUCGUGUUUCCUGGGGGAGAGACCGAGGCACUGAAAAGAAUGGAACGAUACCUGAAGAAAUCUAACUGGAUCUGUAAUUUUGAGAAACCGAAGACAGAACCAAACUCUCUUGAACCAAGCACCACAGUGUUGAGUCCAUACCUGAAGUUCGGCUGCCUGUCAGCAAGGCUGUUCUGGCACAGACUGCAGGAGAUCUACAAACAGUGUAAGAAACAUUCCCAACCCCCUGUGUCCCUACAUGGUCAGUUACUGUGGAGAGAGUUCUUCUACACAGCUGGCCUGGGCGUGGCCAACUUUGACAGGAUGGAGGGCAAUCCUGUGUGUAGACAGAUCCCCUGGGAGAAUAAACCUGAAUACAUUGAGGCUUGGACACAUGCCAGAACAGGCUACCCCUUCAUAGAUGCCAUAAUGACUCAGCUGCGUCAGGAAGGCUGGAUCCACCAUCUUGCUCGUCAUGCUGUGGCGUGUUUCCUCACUAGAGGCGAUCUCUGGGUGUCUUGGGAAGAAGGACAGAAGGUGUUUGAAGAGUUGCUGUUGGAUGCAGAUUGGAGUUUGAAUGCUGGCAACUGGCAGUGGUUAUCAGCCAGUGCUUUCUUCCACCAGUAUUUCAGAGUGUACAGCCCCAUUGCAUUUGGAAAAAAAACGGACCCACAAGGAGAAUACAUCAAAAAAUAUUUACCCAUGCUGAAAAAAUUUCCGAAAGAGUACAUCUAUGAGCCGUGGAAAGCUCCCAGAGCCAUGCAGGAAAAAGCAGGUUGCAUCAUUGGGAAGGAUUAUCCCAAACCCAUUGUUGACCACGGGGAAAUCAGUAAAGUGAACAUUAAAAAGAUGGCAGCUGCCUAUGCACUAAAUAAAGAUCAAAAUGCCACGGAGAAGGGUACACCAAAGAAGCGUAAAUCAGAAGCUGAUGCCAAUGAGAAGUCGAAAAGUAAAAAGCCAAAAAAAGGAUCGUCGGAAAAAAUAACAAACUUUUUAAAGAAAUAAAAUUAGUUUCAUUCCGGAGAAAGGUUGUACAUGUACCUCUAAUAUACUCUAGCAUUUAGCGAGAUGCAAUGCCUUUAAUUCAACACCUAUUUGUGGAAUUGUAAAACGAUAAUGGGCAGCAAUCAUGAUAUAUUCCUACAUACUGACUAUAAAUCCUCUAAGAAACUGUAGAUAACUUUGGACCGAUACGAGACGCCUUCCAUCAUCAAGGUGUUUUGGCCUAAAUUUUAAAAUAGAGACCGACUCACUUUGGAUGAUAAUAAAGAGGUAUAACAGUGAAUUAUAUUCCAAUAUUAUCAAGAAUCGGAAUGACAUCCCUUUGUAGAAUGUUCAAGAACAAAGAACGUUUUUGAGAAUAAGGAGGCCUCCGUUAUAUCGAACAUUUUCACAUCUUUAUGACUUCGUAGACCUAGACAAGGUGGGGAGUGCCCCAGCCUGGUUCAGUAGACGGUUUCUUCUGAGUAGAUGUCGUUGUCUUCAUCAUUUGGACGAAUUCUGUGAAAAUGUAAGUAGAUUCAUUGAAAGAGUAAUUUUUAUGUGAUAAGUAAUAAAAAUUCAAAUCAUCUGCAGGGAUUUUGAUUUUUCAAGCUGUUUGUAUCUUGAAGGGUUUGUCAUUAAAUGAGUCGAUGUUAUAUAGAAAUUAAAUGUCUUUGGAACCAAGACUUUAUAAUAUUUCCAGCAGAGGAAGAUUUAUUUAAAACACCAAGAAAAAAAACGGAAUUAUAAAUCACUUCAAA